AUGCAGGCUGUGUUGGACGAGUUCUAUGCGCAAAUCGUGGCCAAACUGGAACGCGACGAACUGAUACCGGCCUACAAGCGGUCAAUGCACCGCGAGUACCUGGCCACCGUGGUGGACGGGCUGUGCGGGCCGUGGUGCGGCCGGGACAGGCGUCGAGCUUGCGAGGCUGCGGUGGCCGGAUCCGUGGCCUACCACGGCCGCGCUGUCCGAGACAACGGGUCCGUGUGUCCGCUUGGCAAACACCACGACAUGCUGUACGUGAUGGCCCGCUUCGCAAUGGACGCAGACGCCGGUCCCGAACCCGUAGCCGAGCUGUUGGCCGCCAUUUACACGUGCGAGAAAACGUUGGAAAAGCUUUUCGAGGGCGCCGUGGUGGGCAGCAAAGUGGCGCGCAUGAUCAGUGGCCGGUGGACGGACUUCGGGGCGACCGUCGCCGACAACCGGACGGCGCUGGCGUUCUAUCUGGACCGGGCGACGCGCGCUAGACUCCUACUCGACGGCCGCCGAAUGCAGGACGUCUGGAUGCGGUCGUACCGGGCGGCUCCCGUGAUGGUGGCCACGGCCACGGGAGACCUGGCUGCUGUGGCCAUGCUGUUGCGGUACGGCCCAGACGAGCGGUCAGUGCGCGCGGCCAUCGCGUACUUACGCCGCCGUUGCGCCGACCAGGACCGUGGCCCGCCGUUCCCCGAUCGCGUCCAGUCAUGCCUGGAACUGCUGCUCAGAGCUGUCGCCUGCGAGGGUGGCGGACACGGCAGUGUCAGCGGUGACAAGGACGGCAGUGGCGGCGGGUAUGGCAGCCGCGAUGAUUAUGACGAAUGUGACAGCGCCGGCGGUGGUGUCAGCAGUGUCGUCAAAGUCGUUCCGGUGACGCCGACAUUGCUGCACCUGGCCAGGUGCGCCGUGCGCAAAGCGUUGCACCAAAACUUCAAUCUACCGCACGGCAUCGCGCAAUUACCCGUGCCCAGGUCAUUGGUAUCGUAUUUAGAUCUCGAGUGUUGAUCCACAACGUACUACUCUCCCCUACCCUUCAGGCCAUUCGGUACACCAGUCAUCGAUAUUAUAAUAUUGUGUGCGUUAUGCUUUUAACUGCACCGGAUACGAUCGCAGGUCGUUCAAAUAAAAUAACGAUACAGACUCAACUAGUUGUAUCAUUUUUUUAUAUUUGUUAUCUUAUUAUACGUUUCUAAUAGUUUUGCUACAUAAUCUUUCCGUAGUUAUCUGAAUGCUUGUAUAAGUGAUUUCGACGAUCGUCAUAGGUGCAACUAGAGACAUUUUUCUGGGAGGCUUAGAAUUGCAUCAGCAGCACAAACUCUGAUAACUGAUAUUUCAAACAAAAAUAUGGUUAAAAAACGGCGAGUGCUACUGAUACAACUGGUUGCCGAAGCCCUCACAAGCUUCCCUCCUUAAUUGCACCUAUGACUAUAGUAUGUUAAUGUUAUAGUGUUAAGACUGGGUAUGUAACUAAUUGUAACACUGCUGUAAUACUGGUUAAAAUAUUGGAGGCGCUCUAUUCGUAUGUAAUGCAGAGAAACUCUCCGCGCGUAUAAUAAAGAAGUUAAUGACGUACAUUAGUCUCGUUGUUUUCAUUAAUUAAAACGUCUAUUUAUUUUGUUAAGUGUACGACGGCUCCUAUUGCAUUAUAUGAAUUUAUACAGCGCAGUAAUAAAUUACCUACCCAAAGAGUGAAGUAAUAAACUACUGUGACUUUAGAGUAGGUAUAUAUGGCUUAAAAUAAAUAAAUAAUUGUUGUACCCACAGUCAAUAUUGAAACAAUUAGUAAUUGUAUUGCUCGUCGCUGUUAAUAAUUUCUAUUAUUAUUAUUUAAUAAGCCACGAAGAUGAACAAUGUAAAUGAGUAGACGUGUCCUGUGAACUGCUUUGUGUGAUGCAUAAUGUGCAUAAUAUUGUGUAUUAUAAUCGUGUUUAUUGUACAGCUUUGGUUUCACGAUCGACCAAAUUAUUCAUGGUGAACUUUCGAAAACGAUCAUCGUGUUGUAUUGACAAGUUAUUUUUUUUAUUGAUAUUCCUGGCGAGAACCGAUAUAUUUUGACAUAUUUUAUACCUCAUAUAAAAUAUGAUACCUUCUGAGAAACUAUAUUUUAUUAUGUGUGAAUAAUUCACACAGUGUGAUAUUCAGGGUAAUGCUAGUCAGUAGGUAAAUAGGCACCUACUCAUUAGCAUAGAAAUUGAUUUUAAUAUAUUUUGUUAUACUAUAUUAUCAUAUUAUUUACCUAUGUAUGUACCUUCAUUUAAUAAUAAAGAACAUAAACAUCAUUAUUAUGUCAUGUAUACAAAUUG